UGUUUUUGCCGUAUGUUUAGGUUCAAACGCUUGAGUUGGUGUAAUAAAUAUAUAUCAGUGCUCAUAAGGAGUUCUUCCUUUCUCUGACGGAUUUGUGGCGGGGGCACCUAAAGAGGACGAACAUGUCGGGAAAGAGUUUUCGCGUUAGCGACGGAGACUGGGUUUGUCCCGAUAAAAAGUGUGGAAAUGUCAACUUUGCUAGAAGAACGAGUUGUAACAGAUGUGGCAGGGAAAAAACAACUGAAGCAAAAAUGAUGAAAGCAGGGGGAACAGAGAUUGGAAAGACUCUGGCUGAGAAGAGCAGAGGUCUCUUCAGUGCCAACGAUUGGCAGUGCAAAACAUGUGGCAAUGUAAAUUGGGCCAGAAGAUCAGAGUGCAACAUGUGUAACACUCCUAAAUAUGCCAAACUGGAGGAAAGGACAGGAUAUGGUGGAGGCUUCAAUGAGAGAGAGAAUUUAGUCUACAAUGAGCAAGAGGAGUCCGAUGGCGAGUAUGAUGAAUUUGGGCGCAUAAAAAAGAAGUAUCGUGGGAAAAGCACGAAGGACACUGAAAAGAAGGAGGAACCAAAAAAGAAUAAUAAUAAUAAUAAUGAUGAGGAGGAGGAGGAGGAUGAAGAUGAUGAAGAUGGAGAUCUUUCAAAAUACAAACUUGAUGAUGAUGAUGAGGAUAAUGCAGAUUUGUCCAAGUAUGAAUUGGAUGAUAGUGAGGAGAAGAAAGGGACUCGCUCCAGCUCCUCACGGUCAUCAUCUCACUCGUCCAGUUCAAGUUCCCGGUCUAGGUCCAGCAGAUCCCGGUCCAGGAGCUCAUCCAGUUCCAGAUCUCGCUCUCGCUCCAGGUCCAACUCCAGAUCCAGCUCCAGAUCAGGAAAGGGCUCUGCUUCUGCAAAGAAGAGGUCUCGCUCCCCUUCAUCAUCGCCAGAGGGAGGCCAGAAGAGGAGUCGCUCCAGGUCCUCCUCUGUUGGCCGCAAAAAAAGACGCACACGAUCGCACUCGUCUGAAAGGCGCAGAGGCUCAUCUGGAUCAUCCCACUCUGGCUCAAGCUCAAAACAGAAAUGAUUGACAAAAGAAAAAAAAUCUUUCUAGAAGUGCAUAUUUUUUUGGUUUGUUUUUUUACUCCAGUUUUUGGGGCUAUUGCAACUACUCAACUGUUUUGAUUUCACAUUGAUUUCUAUGAAAGAAAUACUUGUGCACCUGUUCACAACCUCUUCUCGAAAGGUUUCUGCUUUUUUUGUUUCUCCUUUUUUUUCUUCUUUUUGCAUCUAGUCAGAUCUCUUAACAGUACAACUUGAGGUGUAAAGUCUGUAGUGUCAGUGGGUUUAUAGAGAAAUAACAUCAGGUCUGUGACUGAAUGGCACAUAUCUUCUGGACAUCAACCAUUUUGAUGGGGAAAUUAUGCAAAUUACAUUGCGGAAAUAGUUGUAUUCUUCUAUUUCAGACAUUACUGCCAUCAAAACAACUAGUUCAUUAACAAAACAUUUAAUUUUAAAAAAUGGAUGCUGGUUUUAUGGUUCUUUUAUAUGAAACCCCUCACAAGCAAUGUUAAUGGCUUAACCACGUCAGCAAUGCCAGCAUCUAAUAGAGAGCCUCUAAGAUGUAGCAUUGCCUUGUCUAAUUGUGCAUUAAAGGUAAGUAUGUUUUUCUUUGCUUGUAGAGAUUUAUUUUCUUCUGUAAAAACAGAUGAAAAGUGAAAUUUCUGUGUCCUUUUUGUCAGUAUUUUUGUCUUUGUUCUUAAUUUUAUGAUUCAUCAUUUGUGGAACUAAAACUAUAGACACACUCAAAUUACUGAUAAAAUAAAAUACUGGUUUGGUUUUCUCUUCUGUUCAAAUCAAAUUUGGAACAUGUAAAAUAAUCACAUUCACCCACCACUCCCUUUCUAACAUACAAAAUAUGAAA